ACUCAUAUUGACAAUUAAAUUCCCGCCAAUGUAAGGCGAUGGAAAUACAGAAUACAAAAUAUAUCUUUUGAACUUUUGAAGUCAACGGUUAAAUCUAACAAUUCUAUUUUAUACAAUUAUCAAUUAAUAUUCCGCAAUAGAUAAAAAUGGAUGUACAAACACUAGAUCAAAAUUUGCAAGAGGCUCUGCGAGAAUAUCUAGAUUUUUUAGAUGAUGAGGAAGAUCAGGGAAAAUAUUCUCAACUAGUGAAUGAUAUGGUGGCUGAAAAAAAUACAAGACUUUUGGUUAACAUCAAUGAUUUACGUUCCAAAAACCCUACAAGGGCCCGAAAUUUACUCAUCAAUGCAUUUGAAGAAUUGCUAGCUUUUCAAAAAGCACUGAAGGAGUAUGUAUCUAGAACAGAUAGUGAAUUUACAAAAAACCAAGAGUUUUUCGUUGCAUUUGAAGGAAGCUUUGGAUGUAAUCAUGUAACUCCACGUACAUUAACAUCAAGAUAUCUUGGAAAUUUAGUUUGUUGUGAAGGAAUAGUUACAAGAUGUUCUUUGAUUAAUCCCAAAAUUGUGAAAAGUGUACAUUAUUGUCCAGCUACAAAAAAAGUUAUGGAACGGAAAUAUGCAGAUUUAACUUCAUUAGAAGCUUUUCCAUCUUCAGUGGUAUAUCCAACUGUAGAUGAAGAUGGUAAUUUGCUAGAAACUGAGUAUGGACUUUCGCAAUUUAAAGACCAUCAAACAUUAUCCAUUCAAGAAAUGCCAGAAAAAGCACCUGCUGGUCAAUUACCAAGAUCUAUAGAUAUAAUUUGUGAUAAUGAUUUAGUAGAUAAAUGUAAACCUGGAGAUAGAAUUCAAGUAGUUGGAAAUUUUAGGUGUAUGCCUAGUAAACAAGGAAGCUACACAAGUGGUACAUUUCGAGCUGUAAUUAUAGCUAAUAAUAUUACCCAGAUCAGUAAAGAAGCAACUUUGUCUAUAUCAAGAGAUGAUAUUCAGAAGUGUAAGAAGUUAGCACAAUCAUCUAAAGACAUUUGUGGUUUAUUAGCUAAGUCAUUAGCUCCUUCUAUUCAUGGACAUGAAUAUAUAAAGAGAGCUAUUCUAUGUCUUCUCUUAGGAGGUGUAGAAAAAAAUUUACCAAAUGGAACAAGAUUGAGAGGAGACAUCAACGUUCUACUCAUAGGAGAUCCCUCAGUAGCUAAAUCACAACUUUUAAGAUAUGUUUUAUGUACAGCUCCAAGAGCAAUUCCUACCACUGGAAGAGGUUCAUCUGGUGUAGGUUUAACAGCUGCUGUAACUGUAGAUCAAGAAACAGGCGAGAGAAGAUUAGAAGCAGGUGCUAUGGUCUUAGCAGAUCGUGGUGUAGUAUGUAUAGAUGAAUUCGAUAAAAUGUCAGACAUUGAUAGAACAGCAAUACAUGAAGUUAUGGAACAAGGAAGAGUAACCAUCGCAAAAGCCGGUAUUCAUGCCAGCUUGAAUGCUAGAUGCUCUGUUCUAGCAGCUGCAAAUCCUGUUUAUGGAAAAUAUGAUCAGUAUAAAACACCUAUGGAAAAUAUUGGUCUUCAAGAUUCCCUAUUAUCCCGUUUUGAUUUGUUGUUUGUCAUGUUAGAUUCUGUAAAUGAAGACAGGGAUUUGGUAAUUGCUGAUCAUGUAGUUAGAAUGCAUCAAUACAGGAGUCCUCUUGAACAGGAUGGCGAAGUGUUGCCAAUGAAUGCCAACGCAGAUAUGCUGAGUACAAAUAAUCCUGAUGAAACAGAAUUAGACAAAGAAUCACCUAUGUAUGAGCCAUAUGAUGCUUUAUUGCAUGGGGGUUCUCGAAAGAAGUCUGACAAAAUUUUGAGUGUUGAGUUUAUGAGAAAAUACAUACAUUUUGUUAAAAUUUUGAAGCCAACGUUGACUGAAGAAGCAUCAAAAAUAAUUGCCAGUCACUAUGCUUCCCUUAGAUGUGAAGAGUUAAUGGAAAAUGAUGUAGCAAGAACUCAACCUGUUACUCCUCGUACAUUAGAAACAAUGAUUCGUUUAUCAACUGCACAUGCUAAAGCUAGAAUGUCUAGAGAAGUCACAGCUCAUGAUGCAGAAGCUGCCAUCGAGUUGAUUCAGUAUGCAUAUUUCAAGAAAAUAUUGGAAAAAGAAAAGAAGAAGAGAAGGAGACAUUCUCAAAGUUCAGAUGAAGAGGAAGACAAAGAAAGGCGUGUUAAAAGAUCUAGAAUCCCUGUGGAUUCAGAUCGAGUUGAAGAAAUUCUUUCACAGCCAUCAUUGCAGAGUCAAAAUGAUGUGGAAAUUUCUUCCAGUAAUGCAGGUACUGAACCACAAGUAUCUUCUAUGGAAGUAGACACUCCAAGUACCAUUAGCGAAGAUCGUUUUACAAUAUUCAAGACUAUGUUGAAUAACAUAUUCAAAGAAGAAAGAACCCCAUCCUUAACUUUAUCAAGAAUCAAAGAAAGCUUAUCUUCUCAAUCUGCAACUUCAUUCUCAGAAACUGAAAUAGAUGCUGCUAUUGAACGUAUGACUGAUGAUAAUCAGAUUAUGAUGUCAGAUGGAAUUGUCUUUCGAAUAUAAUGCGGAUGAAAUUAUAUCUUUAAUAAAUCCUAGUUUCUUUAGGAUAUAUACUAUUUUAAAGUAUCUUAAGCCCAAGAACUGUAGUAAUAAAUGAUUUGAAUAUAUGUUAUAUAUAUUAUUACAUACAACCUUUGUUUUGUCUAGUUUUUUAGGAUAUACACUAUUUUAAAUUAUCUUAAGCCCAAAAACUGUAGUAAUAAAUGAUUUGAAUAU